AUGUCGUCGGUCAGCUGCAAGCAGACAUGGUCGGUGGUCGGAAUGACCUGCCACUCAUGCGUAAAGUCAAUAGAAGGCGUGCUCUCCGACCUCUCAGGUCUCAUCUCCAUCACAGUAUCGCUUGAAGCCAACCAGGCCACAGCACACUACAACCCACACGUACUCUCAGCCGAGCAAAUAACCGAAGCCAUCGAAGACUGCGGCUUCGACGCCGCUGUACUGCCCGGGACCCUGCAGCACCGUAGCAUAAUGGGAGUGCGCGGCAUGACGUGCCAAUCAUGCGUGCGCAGUAUCGAAGAUGUCCUAGGUGGCACGAACGGCGUAAAGUCCGUCAGUGUGUCGCUGGACACAGAGUCCGCCGUGGUCGAGUGGGACCCGCUUGUGCUUUCGCAGGCCCAGGUCGCCCAGGUCAUUGAGGACUGCGGCUUUGAUGUUGCUUUCACGCCUGCUGGCGAUGCGUACUCGUUUUCGAGCGCAAAAUCCGGCGAAACUCUGCUGGACGGCCAGGCCAACGACGGAACCACGGCGCUGCAGCUGGAAGUCCACGGCAUGACAUGCUCGUCCUGCGUGGCGCUGAUCGAGCGCGCGCUGGGCAAGCGGCAAGGCAUCACGGGCAUUAGCGUGUCAUUGCUGGCGCAGCGCGCCACCGUGCACUUUGAUCCAGCCGUGGUUUCCGAUAGUAGCAUUGUUGGGUGGAUCACGGAGCUGGGCUUUGACGCAAAGGUGCUGGACGCCGAGGCGCGCGUGGCCAAGGCCAGCCUGAACGUCUACGGCAUGACGUGCGCGUCAUGCGUGGCGCUGAUCGAGCGCACAGUGCGCAAAGAGCCUGGCGUUGUCUCGGUGGCGGUCAGCCUGGCGCUAGAGACCGCGGCCAUCGAGUAUCGCCCGGCGCAGGUGGGCGUGCGGCGGCUCGUGGCGGUGGUCGAGGCGGCCGGGUUCGACGUUCUGGUGGCCGACCUUGCGCAGAACAACACGCAGCUGGAGUCUCUGCAGCGCACCAAGGACAUUCUGGCGUGGCGGCGGCGGUUCUGGCAGUCACUGUGGUUCUCGCUCCCGGUCAUUCUGCUGGCCAAAGUGGCGCCACACAUCGGUGGGCUGGCCAAGAUCAUCUCCUGGCAGGUGGUCACCGGGCUGCCGCUCGGCAUGCUCUGCCAGCUGCUGCUGACCACGCCGCUGCAGUUCUACGUCGGCGCGCGGUUCUACGAAAACGCAUUCAAGGCGCUGCGCCACGGCAACGCCAACAUGGACGUGCUUGUGACCACGGGCACGUCGUCGGCGUACUUCUUCUCGUUGUUUAUGCUGAUGUGGUCGGUGUUCCACGGCAAGCACCCGCGGCCGCACUGCUUCUUCGAGGCGCCCGCUAUGCUGAUCACCUUUGUGUCGCUCGGCCGCUACCUCGAGAACGUUGCCAAGGGCAAUGCGUCGGCUGCGCUAUCGACGCUGAUGACGCUGACGCCGGCGCAGGCCACUCUGGUGGUGCGCAGCGGCGAUGGUGAUGAGGAGGAGGAGCGGCGCAUUGCGACGGAGCUGAUCCAGACCGGCGACCUGCUGCGCGUCUUCCCGGGCGAGCGCGUGCCGGCGGACGGCACAGUAAUAUCGGGCGAGUCAACCAUCGACGAGUCAACAGUGACAGGCGAGGCGCUGCCCGUGCGCAAGCGCGUUGGCAUGCAGGUUGUCGCCGGCACAGUCAACGGCACGGGCUCGUUCACGAUGGAGGCGGCACGCGUCGGUGCCGACACGACGCUGGCACAGAUCGUGCAGCUGGUCGAGGCGGCCCAGACAGCCAAGGCGCCGAUCCAGGCGUACGCCGACCGCGUCGCCCAGUAUUUUGCGCCGGCCGUGCUGGCGCUAGCGCUGACGACAUUGGUCGGGUGGACGGUGGUGGCGUACUCGGCGCUGCCCAAGCCGGCAAUGUUCGAGGCCGAAGCGCAGGAGACGGGCAGCUACAUGGUCGGGUGCCUGAAGCUGGCUGUGGCCGUGGUGGUUGUCGCAUGCCCGUGUGCGCUCGGCCUGAGCACGCCGACGGCUGUCAUGGUGGGCACUGGUGUUGGCGCGCAGAUGGGCGUGCUGAUCAAGGGCGGCGAGGCCCUGGAGGCUGCCAGCCGCAUUGACACUGUGGUUUUUGACAAAACCGGCACCCUGACUACCGGCCGCCUGGCCGUUGCCGACGUCAUGCCGGCGCCUGGUAUUCUGCCACGCGACCUGGCCCUGCUGGCCGGCGCUGCCGAGGUCGCGUCCGAGCAUCCGCUGGGCCGCGCCAUUGCCGCGUAUGCGCGCGCACUUCUCGGCCUGGGCACUGGCAAGCCGUUCCCGGCCGCCAUCGCCGACUUCGACUCGGUGCCGGGCCAGGGCGUACGCGCCCGCGUGCUGCCCGCAGCUGCUGCCGGCGGCGACGUGCUGGUGGGCAGCGCAGCCUUCCUUGAGAGCAACGGCGUUGCCGUGCCGGCUGGCUUGGUGGCGGCGCCCAAGGCUGCGCAGGAGGCGCGCGGUCGCACCGUAGUGCUGGUUGCCGUCGGCGCGCGGUACGCCGGGUGGCUGGCGCUCGCCGACGUGCUGCGCGCCGAGGCCGUGCCGGCCAUUGCCACUCUGCAGCGUAUGGGCGCGGAGUGCGUCAUGGUCACAGGCGACCAGCCAUUGACCGCACAGGCGAUUGCUGCUGAAUGCGGUAUCCGCCGCGUGUACGCUGGCGUGUCUCCGGCUGGCAAGGCUGUGGUUGUCGCGCAGCUGCAGGCUGAAAUGGCGCCGUACCGCUCCUGGCUGCUGCGCCGCUCGUGGCGCGCGCGGCGCGUGGCAAUGGUCGGCGACGGCGUCAAUGACGGCGCGGCGCUGGCGGCCGCGGAUGUGGGAAUUGCCCUGUGCUCCGGCACGGACGUGGCAAUGGAGGCCGCGUCAAUGGUGCUGAUGCGCGAGGACGUCGCUGAUGUCGUUGCAGCGCUCGACCUGGCGCGCACUAUCUUCCGCCGCAUCCAGUGGAAUUACGUGUGGGCUAGCGUAUAUAACCUUCUGGGUAUUCCACUGGCCAUGGGGCUGUUUAUGCCCCUUGGUGUUAUGCUUCCGCCGGUGUUUGCCGGCAUGGCGAUGGCCUUGAGUAGCCUGAGCGUCAUGGCUAGCUCGCUGCUGCUUAAGCUGUAUCGUAAGCCUGUGUGCCGUGCGCCGCUGUCUGGGACUCUGCCGCUGGAUGUCGCUGAUGUGCAGGUACUGGCUGCCCCCAGGGCAACUGCUGGGACGGACGGCCGCCGGACUGCCGGCCAUUUCGCCCUGGACAUGUCCGAGGUCGUCGAUGCCGAGGAUAUGUCUGGCCUGGAGAUGGUUGGCAUGGCGCCUGGCCGCGUGCACGGCGCUGCUGCUGCUGCUUCUUCUGAAGGAAGAGGGGGAUUAUUCAGACCUGGACCAUCGCGGCACGCAUACAAGCCACUGCCUCAAGAAUCGAACUAG